AUGCAUUUCUUGGCGCAAGAGGAUAAGUCUAUAGAUUCAGUAUCAUCAAAAUCAGGGUUGAAGUCAUCAGAGGCGCUGUCAUCAGAAUUAGGAGAACUUCAAUCUGAAGAGCCACCUCAAAAGUCCAGAAUUAUUCCUCACAUUUACAAGUCCAGAAUCAAAGGAAUUUCACAUCGUUCACCGCUUUGCGAAUCUGAAAUGAUCAAGAUAAAGAUUCUUACCGUAACCAUAAAAGAUGCCGCUAUAUUUCGGAUAGCCUCGAAUGAAACAUUUGGUUCAGGCCCUAGAGAUAUUAGUGGAUGGAUGAUGGCCUUUUAUCCUUAUGAAAAGGAUGGAACAAAGGUAACUUUCAAUUCAAUUGAAGCCGAAGAUAUUCCUGAUGGAAGGGUUGGAGUCCCAUUUACAACUGAUAAUGAAUUACAUUAA